AUGCCAAAAGUACUUAGCACUAUUACUCGACGCGAACAAAGGUGUUUAAUCGAUUUUGACACCAUUUCUCCUGAUAGAUUAGAUUAUGCUCUCGUCUUACUUUGCUCAAGAAUCAUGGUGAGAAUACAAUUGAAAUGCUUUGAAGACUCGAUUUUCUCAAUAAAUGAAAUCAAAUUCAUAGUACGUAAAGAAAUCGAAUUGUUUCCUGGGAAACUUCAAAGGUUUUCGAUCCAAAUGAAAGAAUACUACGAAUUAAAUGACAAUACGUUGUCAGAUUGUAAAAGUAAGAUCGAUCCAAUCGUGGACUCGGAUGAUCCGUUGGAAUCAAUUCGAAAAAUUUUAAAAGAGGAGAUCACCUCCAAACGUAAAUCUAAUACAACCAUGGUUAAACGGGUGUAUAGAAAUUUGAUCAAUCUAUCCGAUGACUUAAAAAGGUACUUUUUAAAUCGUGACAAUCACGAUAAAAAAAAGCACAACAUAAGACCAAUAUAUUUUGUCGAUAACUACUUUGUGUACCAGGAAGGUAGUCCUGGAAGUCCAGAAGAAACAUUCAUUUCAUUUCCGAUGGCACUCGUUUGGUUGCCAACUUUGACGAUAACAGAUGAGAUAAAUCAAAGAAAUUCCUCAGCUUUUUACCUUCGAAAAAAGCCCGAAUUCUUGGGUAGCAAGGGAAUACCGACAUUCCGUUCUCAGUUAUUAAGGAUGAUCUUGGUUCAAAAAAGUGUUAAUCAAAACAAAUCGAAUGGGAGUUCGACGAGAGGCGCAAAGGGAAAGAGACGACGAUCUUAUAAUAAGUCUAACAAGAUAAAAAUAAGAAAUAAAGACGAAGAUCGAAGUCAUUCCCCAAAAACGCUCGAGUCUCCCAUACCGAUGACAUCCAUUAGCGCAAUUCUCAAUCACGUUGAUGAGAAUGUUCAAAGUUCACAACCUUACAAUAAUAAUAACUUCCAUAAUAAUUUUUCGACGUUCCAAAGUAAUCCAAUUAAUCCGACCCUUUCUUCUUCAUCCAAACCAUUUGAUUUCCGAAACUUGUGUCCAU